AUGCCGAACGAUCAAGAUAUUCCUUACGAAGCUUCAAUUGAACACUUCGAGCUCUACCACAUCUACAAUGACACCAGCAGCGAUGAUACGGCCUGCAGAUACCGUCCAGACAGCGAGGAUUGGAAAGCCGCUGUUCUGAAGGGCCCGGCGUUGCCGGCCCUUGGCCAGGGGAUAGCAGGGGCCGCGGGUGCAGCUGUCUCGACUAUCUCGACGUAUCCGCUUAGUUUGAUUGUUACGCGGUUGCAGUUACAGAGACAGUUGAGGGCGGUGAAGGAGAGGGAUAGGGAGAGGAAAAGACGGAGUGAGAAGGGGAAGGGGAAAACGAAGAGUGAAGGUGUUGAUAUCGAUGAUGAUGGAGAUGGAGAUGGAGAUGAAGAGGAGUAUAAAGGAAUUAUAGAUGCUGCGAAGAAAAUUUAUGAGAAUGAGGGCGGGUUGCGCGAGUUAUAUGCGGGGCUUACGCAGGCGACUGGAAAGGCCGUCAUGGAUUCAUUUGUGUUCUUCCUUACUUAUUCAUUCUUGCGACAGAGGCGACUGCGCGCGAGGGGAUUGAAGAUGCAUGGUAGCUUCCUGCCUGUGGUGGAUGAGUUGGCUGUGGGAUAUUUGGCCGAGUCGUUUACCAAGUUGCUUACGAUGCCGGUCUCGACUGUAUUGACGAGAAAGCAGGUUGAGGGCCUGGUGUCAGCUUCAUCAUCAACAGAACCCGGGAAGAAGACGGCAAAAACACACACGUCUUCAACGAGUGAUAUAGUGUCCGCCAUCAUCACCGAAAAGGGUCUGCGUGGUCUCUGGGCUGGCUACUGCGCCUCCCUCAUCCUCUCCCUAAACCCUUCCCUCACCUUCCUCCUCAACCAAUUUUUCAAACUCUCCCUCCUCCCCCGCGACAAGCGCAGACGACCCCCUGCAUCAGCCACAUUCCUCUUCGCCGCCAUCAGCAAGGCUAUCGCCUCCUCCCUCACCUAUCCAUUCUCCAUGGCAAAGACACGGGCCCAGGCCGCCACCGCCACAGCUACAUCUGCACCUACUACACGCCCACCACCCACAAUCCUCCACGCCAUCUACAGCAUCGCCCGCACCGAGGGCUUCGCCGCUCUCUACGCAGGACUCAGCGGGGACGUCCUCCGCGGCUUUUUCAGCCAUGGCAUCGCCAUGCUCGCAAAGGACACGGUGUACAGGCUCGUGGUGCGUGCGUACUACCUCCUCCUUAGGAUAGUGCGCCGGUAUCCUUCCCCGGAGGAGUUAUUGGCACGGGCGAGGGCGCGGGCUGAGGAAGUUGCGGUGGAGAUGAGGGAAGGUGCUGGAGAGUUGGCGGCCAAGGCGGGCGAGAAGGCGGGUGAUGUGAAGGGGGCUGUCGUUAAGGGGAUGGCGGGAAUGUCGGGGAUCGGCAGUGGGAGGGCUGCGGGGAUUAUUGGCAAAGUGGCGGAUGGGACGGCGGAGGUUAAGAGUAGGGUGGUGGAGGAUGUGUAUGAGGAUUCGAAUGCGACGGCGGAGAUGGUGGGGGAAUAUGUAGAAGAUGAGGCGGAGGAGUGGAGGAGCUUGUAUCGGUGGUUUUGGGAUAAGGGGAAAUUGUGA